GAGGAGGGACGGACGGACGGACGGACGGACGGGGCGAGAGGAUGUGAAGAUGGCGGAGCUGCAGAUGCUGCUGGAGGAGGAGAUCCCGGGGGGGCGCCGGGCCCUGUUCGACAGCUACACCAACCUGGAGCGCGUGGCCGAGUACUGCGAGACCAACUACAUCCAGUCAGCAGAUAAGCAGCGAGCCUUGGAAGAAACCAAAGCCUACACAACCCAGUCAUUAGCAAGCGUAGCCUAUCUGAUCAACACUUUGGCCAACAAUGUUCUCCAAAUGCUGGAUAUCCAGGCAUCCCAACUUCGACGCAUGGAAUCUUCAAUUAACCAUAUAUCACAAACGGUGGACAUUCACAAAGAGAAAGUUGCUAGAAGAGAAAUUGGUAUCUUGACUACAAACAAAAACACCUCAAGAACUCACAAAAUCAUUGCACCAGCUAACUUGGAGCGACCAGUUCGCUACAUCAGGAAACCUAUUGAUUAUACAAUUCUAGAUGAUAUUGGACAUGGAGUGAAGUGGUUGCUUAGAUUUAAGGUCAGCACACAGAAUAUGAAGAUGGGUGGACUGCCUCGUACAACACCACCCACCCAGAAGCCACCAAGUCCACCAAUGUCAGGAAAAGGAACUAUUGGACGUCACUCUCCGUAUCGUACGUUGGAGCCAGUACGUCCUCCAGUGGUACCAAAUGACUACGUGCCUAGCCCAACCCGCAAUAUGGCUCCCUCACAGCAGAGCCCUGUUAGAACAGCAUCUGUGAAUCAGAGGAAUCGCACAUACAGCAGCAGUGGGAGUAGUGGAGGAAGCCACCCAAGUAGUCGGAGCAGCAGUCGAGAGAACAGUGGAAGUGGAAGUGUGGGUGUUCCUAUUGCUGUUCCCACACCAUCUCCUCCCAGUGUCUAUCCAGCCCCCGCUGGCUCGGCUGGCACUUCUCCCCUUCCUGCUACCUCUACUUCUGCCCCCGCUCCUCCUGCCCCUUCCUCUGCUGCCCCAGAUGCUGCUGCUACUGCUGCAGGAGCUCAGCCCCUUCCUGAUGGCUUCACCUCUCCAACUCCCCCUGCUGUUUCUUCCACACCCUCUACAGGUCAUCCAGUUCAGUUCUACAGCAUGAACAGGCCUGCAGCUCGACACACCCCCCCAACAAUAGGGGGAUCUUUGCCAUAUCGUCGUCCUCCUUCGAUCGCAUCACAGACAAGCCUUCAGAACCAGAUGAACGGAGGACCAUUUUAUAACCAGAACCCAGCAUCCCUUGCUCCUCCUCCCCCCUCCAUCCUACAGGUAACUCCACAGUUACCACUAAUGGGAUUUGUCGCCAGAGUUCAAGAAAACAUUUCAGAUACUCCUCCCCCACCACCGCCUGUGGAUGAGCCAGUGUUUGAUGAAUCUCCACCUCCACCCCCACCUCCAGAGGAUUAUGAAGAGGAGGAAGCAGCUGUGGUGGAGUACAGUGAUCCAUAUGCUGAGGAGGACCCUCCUUGGGCACCAAGGACCUACUUAGAAAAGGUGGUGGCGAUCUAUGACUACACGAAGGACAAAGAAGAUGAGCUCUCAUUUCAGGAAGGUGCCAUCAUUUAUGUCAUCAAGAAAAAUGAUGAUGGCUGGUAUGAGGGGGUCAUGAAUGGAGUGACGGGGCUCUUCCCAGGGAACUAUGUGGAGUCGAUCAUGCAUUACUCGGAGUAAAAACUAGAGGGCAGGACACUGCAUCUCCUGCUGCAGGAGCUGUCAGGGCUUCCCAGAUCUCCACCAGCCUCUGGGGCCUCAUCCAGUAUAACUGAAUGAAGGAUAAUUGUAACAACCACUUUUUUCUUUCUUCCUUUUUUUUUUUUUUUCUCUCCUCUCAUUAUAAAACAAUAGUGAUUUGAGUUGUUUGAACAAAUGGCUCUUCCAGCUGUCAGCAGAGGCUGUCUGGAGCCAUCUGAUGUUGAAUUAAGCUGACCCACUCAGAUGUAACAAACUCGUCGAGUAGCUGAUACUUCACUCAAGUUCUGACUUCUUCUGACAGGCUUUGGGAUCUGUCUCAGGAAUCCUGUGUGCCCUGUGGCACUACCCUUGGCAGCAGUGCCUGGCGCUUGGGAUGUCCUGGAUGCUUGCAGUGAAGGGUUACUGGCCAGUGGACAUCCCUCCUGUUUCUACACUACACUCUUGUGCAGCUGGAAGAACAGUCGUGUGCUAGCAAACACUGGGAUUUCUACACAGAGCCUUUCCUGUAACUGACUUCCAGGUAGUUGGAUACAUCUUAAGCAUAAACGCUUCUGGCAGCUGCUCUGCACAUGUAGGCUGACACAGGGGCACACAGAGCUGGCUUUCAUUCACUCACCUUUCAGUUUAGACAAUUAAGAUGGCUGCAGCCCAGAGGACCCCACUCCCAUUUCUGCAUCUUUUGAAUGCCAGAUUUGUUUUGUGUUCUGCACUGAUGUAAACGUGCUCCUCUCUGCAGCGAGCUACUCGCCAUGGGUGCUGCUGGAUUAAACAGAACUCAUAGAUGCCGUUGACGGUGAAGGCGAAACAAAGUUUACAGGUCCUCCUGGGGUCUGAGGAUAAACUCUAGGAGCUGUGUGAUCUAAGGUUCAAAUCUACUCAUGCCUGCUUGCACUAGAGAAACUUACCCCCAGCUUUAGUCUUAUGCACAAUAUAAUCUUAAAAAUCCAAUCAGGUAUUGUAAAUUGGCUAUUUUGUACUUGAUGACUAGAUUUGCAUAUGUACUGUGAGAGCCCUGUGCAGAGGCAGGACAAACGGCAAUUGUCGUCUUCAUGUCUGUUGCCAAAAUCUCUCCAGUGGACGCAGAAAGGGCUGUUGUCUGUACUGGUUUCCCAUGGAAAUCCAAGCAGUAACUAGUAGUAGUCCUAGUUCUGAACCCUCUCUGUUACUAUAAAGAAAUAGGUAUUUUGGGUUGUACCGAUGGAUCUGGGGUGGAGUAAUACCAAGUGAAGGCUCUGUAGCCCCUUGUGUUGGUAGUUUGCUUUUUAAUCUAGUCUCAGUUAAAAAUGCUGCUUAGCAGUUCUGCCUGGCAGAUCAGUGUGAAGUGAUGGCUGUACUGGGCUGCCCUUAGGAAGGACUCCUGUCAUCUGUGGGCAAUUGUCAUGCAUUAACAGGGUGAACCAAUUGAACCUCCUGUUGCAGUCCUGUUAACCUGCAAACUGAGCUGACCACUGUAUUGUGAGAGCCUCCUGGGAUGGGGCAUCUUCUUGGACAACUUUUAACUGUUGCUUGGCCAAGUAACAGCUGGUACCAACAGUAGCUUGUCAAAGGUGCUGUAGCUGUCCUCUGAGGCUUGUGUGUAACACAGGGCAGCUCACAAGAGAGUGCUACUGGGGUUGUGUUUGUGAUGGUAUUGUCAAUGAUACAGGUAAUUGACCCAGUCUCCUUGCUUAGUAAUUAGUGUGGUAUCAGGAUGGAGGUGCAGAUUUGGUGCAAACCUGGGCAGGGAGGUGCUGUAGCUGCUUAAGGGGGAAGAAAGAGGUAACAAACAAUUGAGGUGUGUUUGUGGGAUAUGGGUGAAUGUGAUCAUCUCUGUGAGCUUGCAGCAGAGUGUAUUAAGAGUGUACUAAGUCUGUGACAGUGUGUAAAGAACUAGUUUGGUUGAAGCCUACAGGAGGUACAACUUUGAAGAAACUGGUAUGGAUAGAAGUUACUUUCUCCUCUGGUUAAUACACAGCCAUGUAGCCAAGACACUCUUGUCUUCUUUCUUGAAGCUGACAGUGUUACUGUUUGGGACGAGUGUUAGCCGGAAGAGAUACCUUCCUAACUUCCUCUAUGAAAACUUUAUAGUCUCCCAGCAAGACUAUCAGAAGCAGCCAUGUUCAUUUCCCUCAGUCCAUUGUUUCUCUAUAACCACAAGUUGUGCAGUUAGUUUCUGGUGUCAUAGGGUAGGUCUACACUUUUUGCACAGGGAGGUGGUGCUUGCAGUCUGGCUAGCAUUGCAGGUGAUUCCGCAGCAGUAUUGCAUAAGCCUUUGGUGCUCACAGGGUGGCUGUGAAGUCAGUCAGAGCUUUUCUGGGUUCUCUUGCCCUGGAUUUGUUUGUGGUAAAGACUUGAGCACACAGUGCUCAAAUGCAUCAAGUUAUGGCAGCCUAUCGAGUUCCUAAAUUAGAGCUGUACUUCUCUGUGUACCCAUGCUUCAGCUGGGAGGUCACACAUUAGUGAAAUGUUAACUCAGUCUGUGUAAAAGCAUGUGCCUGAAUACUUCUGGCAGGUGGGUGGGGAUAGUGUGUCCUUCCGCCAUGUGUCAUACACACCUGUGUCAAGCUUCAUUCAGCUGGUUGGUCAGCUUACAAGUUUUCUGUGUUGUGAGGGCAGAGCAGUGUGAACUCUGGAAAGUGCUGAAUACUUCCCAGAGCUGAGCAGAGUAGAUGAGCCUUCAAAACCUUGAAUAUGGACUGUGUGAAGCUUCAUAAAUAACUGGAUUUGGUCCGAUGUGCCAGGGGUAGUUUGGUUCCUGCUGAUAGCAUGUGGAAUUGUUUAUACUGCAAGAGCUGCUGUGGAUGGAAUUUUUGGGUCACCUCCUGCUGGUUUUAUGCUUUAUUAUGCAGUGCUUUUAUGUAAAGAAAUUCAGUGAGUUUUAUGGGUAUUUUUAAUUUUGUACAGAUUUUAAUUCUGUGGCUUGUUUGGGGAUGAUGUGAUGUAAUGGUCAUAGACCAGGCCAAGGUAAACAGGCUUUGUAUAUUAAUAUUACAUAGACUGCAUGCUAGUAAAGUCAGUGAGGGUUGUGUUUCCAGUUUUGUCCCUUGUACUUCUCCAAAACCUUCUCCCCCCCCUGCCCCUUUUUAAUUUGUGUUUAUUUUAAAACGGGGUGGAGUGGGGGAACUGUCUCAGUAUUUCAAAUAGGUGCACAACAUCUUUUCACUGAAUUUUGCUGCCACAGCUGAAGGCAUUCAGUAUCACUGGCUGUUGACUCAGCAGUGUGUAUGCACAGGUGAGAGGCAGGGGAAGGAUGCACUCCAGAAGAGCCCAGAGUGCUGUAUUGCCCCAGUCAGUAUGUUUCUUCCUUUGUGAAAGCUGCCUUAGCCCAGCCAGCUCUUUUGUGCACGGAUGUCAGACAGCAUCUUCUAGCGGUGUAUUUUGCCUGCCUUGGUUUGCUCUAUCAUAGGUUUCUUCCAUGCUUUUGGCCCCAGAGACAAAGCUAUUAGCUGCAGCUACCUCUCCAACAUGUGCCUGUGUGAGAGGAGGCCAGGUCGAGUCUGUCCCCACCCAGUACACGGAAGCAGGUUGUUUUGGUGCCUUCUUUCCCGCCUGAGAAAGAUGGCUGAGGUUGCAUGUCUCUCACUCAUUCCCCAUUCUGCCUUUCUUUUUUCCCCGCCUCUCACCUCCCCACCUCCUUUUUUUUCCUCCUGUAAUGGGGAUUCAUAUUAUUUAUUUCUCUUUCUGGCUGUUGCAGCAGAGGGCUGAGAGGGGGCAGGAGCAGCAAGCAGCAAAUUCUGUGCUUGAGCAUCCUGAUGGUGUGCCCAGGCCCACUGGCUGGAGUAGGCACCAGAGAACUGAAGCAAUGCCUGAAGACUUGCUGGCCUGAUUGGUGAGACACAGGCAGACACUGAUGUGCUGAGGAUCCAUUGCUUUGGACAAAAGGAGUAGCAUGACCUGGGGUAGAUGGCAGAGCUUAGCCUGUGUUACAAGAGGCUGACCAUAUUCCUCGGACUGAGCUUGUCCUUGGAAUUAGUUGAGUUGGGCAUUACUGAAAGUGGACGGAGAUUGUUGCUGGUUUGGACCACUGCUCCCCAGAGUCCCAGUGGUCUGCAGCUGAGUGGCUUACCAGUGGGUGCCAGGAAGUUUUAGACCCUGUUAAUUCUUGCUAGGGCAGUUUGUUCUCCUUUCACAGCUCCUGGGCAGAUUUUUUUUGUUUUGCUGCUGAGGGCUCUUGGUGACAGCCAAAGUCAACAUUGGCAGUGAAGCAGCCUCUGAAAAGUGGCACUUUUGUCUAUGGCUUUUCAGGUGAUCAUUAAAAGAAAGUGCAGUGGCAGCAGGACUGAUGCUUCUUUUCUGGCAAAGGCUGGGCUGCCUGCCUGGUGUGUAUUUGUGAAGGUUAGUAAACUGGGAGCAUCUACAGGCCUUUCUGAAAGAGUGGGACAAGACAUCUUCUGAAACCAGUGGCAUCCAUGUUUUCUGCAGGUCAACUUACUGGAAGCUGCUAGAGGAUGCUGUUGGAAAGAUGCUGGUGUUGUGGUGCCUACUGGCUGUAGCAGUUGCACUGAGUAGAGGGGCACGGACUGACCCCUGCAGCAUUUUGAGAAGCAUUACAAACCCCAUGCAGAGACUCCAGUUCCAAUGUUGACAACAGUGGCAGUGAGCCUGCUGCAUUCACUAAGACAGGGAUUUACAAGGGUGCUGUUAACUGAGCAUGAGCAGGCAGAUGAUGGGCUAUAGCUUAUGUGGCACCACUUCCAAGAAUUUACUUGCAGGUAUAUUCACCUUCCCCACCUUUUGGCAUCUCUCAGUAUUAGGCACUUCAACAUUUUGUGGAUAUAAGGCUAUUAUGCUGUGGUCAGAACAGUGCAAGAAGGGAAUAGUUUGUGGUUGGUUUUUGGUUUUCCCCCAUUUGGUGUGUAGUGACAGUCCUAUUGCUCUAUUUUGAUUUUGAAACUGCAAGCGUAGUGGGACCCCCCACCUCCUGUCCAUGGGAGAGCUGCUGAAAGCUUGAUGCUGCCAGGGUUUGCCAACUGCUGUUACAAAGAAUAAAUUGCAGACCAUGUUUUUUUUGCUGCUUUCAUAAGAAAAAAAUUAAAAAUCCAUGUGUGUUGUGCAAUCUCCUGCCCAUGCAGGAAGUGGUUUUUUCCUUUGGUACUCUAAAUACAUUAAUUUUAUUAGCACCUUUGCUUAUUACAAGAUGUACUACAAACCAGUAAAGUCAGCAGCAGCCUGUUGUGCAGAGGUAAGCCUACACCCAGCUGAACACCAGUGUGGUAACCCUGUGCAGUACCUUAGUUCCUGUUUCUCUUAAAACCUCUGAGGAAUCUGACCACUACUGGCUGAUGAGGAAGAGCUUUGUACAAAUUCAUUUCCAUUCCAGCGCCUUACUAAAGUGCUGACAUGUCUGAGAUUUUUUUUCUGUAAAGACCAAGUGCUUCUUUUCACAUUUGAAAACAAAAGUGUCUUUUGCAACUUGCAUGGACAAGUAGUUUCUAUGAAUUCUCUUGAAAUGUGUCUAUCAUAGAUUUUGUCCAUGCACUAUUUUCUGAAAGCAGACUUCCCCCCCUCCCCUCCCCCUUUGGUUUGCAGUUAGAGAAGCACACUGUGCUUUGGCUUUUGGCACUGCUAAUGCAGUGGAUGAGUGCAGAGCCCACUGUAAAUGACCAAGCCCACAGCACCUGGGGACCUGUAUGCCGCCAGUAAUGUUCUAUUGUGUGUGCCAUUUGAACCACCUUCCAGUGAGUGCAAAACCCAAUUUUUACAUUUUUUUAAUUGUACUUGGAAUUAACUGUUGCUGUGUACUAAACCCUCUUGUUACGAGCCCUAAAUAAAAAGAACAAAGCACACACCACAUGUUCUGUGAGCA